UGUCGUUUGGCGCCGCUGCAUUGAUAAAUAAAUCAGCGUCUCCUAAAACAAUCAAUUGUCUUUAUAAACACGGGACAACUUCAUCAGUGAUUUAAUGUCACGGCGCGACAGAAAAUGGAACUACCAAACAAACUCCGCUUGGAUCGGUGCCCGAUUUUGGCGGCCGCAAUAUUACUACCUGCGAUAACGGUGCUGUGUAAUGACAUCCUCAGCCUGAAGGUGGCAGGAGAUCCGGUGCUAACCCCGAACUCCGUGUGCCUGCGCCUGGCCGGCCUCAGUAAGCGCCAGAUGAGGAUGUGCGUGCGUCGACCCGACGUGACGGCCUCCGCUCUGCAGGGCAUCCAGGUGGCCAUCCACGAGUGUCAGCACCAGCUGCGGGACCAGCGGUGGAACUGCUCGUCUCUGGAGACACUCGGCAAGCUGCUGCACCAUAGCAACAUCCUAAACAGAGGUUUUCGUGAGAGUGCCUUUUCGCUGGCCUUGUUAGCCGCGGGUGUGGCGCACUCUGUGGCCUCGGCCUGCAGCAUGGGGAAGCUGGGGAGGUGUGGCUGUGGGGACGAGCGUCGCCAGGACGAUGACAAGCUCCGAUUGAAGCUCACACAGCUGCAACUGCAGACGCUGAAGAAGGGUGGCCUGGGAAUCAAUGUGGGCUCGCUACCUGCAGGUCACCGUGGCGACCUACCCGCCGCACUGCACUCUGCCCACUUCUCUGCCCGGUUCAAGCCUUUUCCGGAUGAGCUGAGCUCCAUGCAGGAGACUUGGGAGUGGAGGGGCUGCAACCACGACUUGCGUUUUGGGGAGCGUUUUUCCAGGGAGUGGCUCGACUCGCGGGGAUCUCCAAGAGACAUCCACGCUCGUAUGAGGAUACAUAACAACAGAGUGGGACGACAGAUAGUAGCUGACAAUAUGAAGAGGAGGUGCAAGUGUCACGGCACGUCGGGGAGCUGCCAGUUCAAGACCUGUUGGCACGUGUCACCAGAGUUCCGGCUCGUGGGUUCAAUACUGAAGGAAAAAUUCCUGUCGGCCAUCUUGGUCAACUCUCAGAACAAGAACAAUGGGGUUUUCAAUCCCCGAACAGGGAACGACGGCCGCAGGAGGACGAGAAACCUGAACAGAGGUCGCCGUCGCAGCAUGUCCAGAGAGUUGGUGUACUUCGAGAAGUCCCCUGACUUUUGUGAGCGAGAUGUGGCUGUAGACUCUUUGGGCACGCACGGCCGCAUCUGCAACAAAACGAGCCACGGCACGGACAGUUGCGGCUCGCUGUGCUGCGGCCGAGGACAUAACAUACUGAAACAGACCCACAGCCAGCGCUGCAACUGCAGGUUUCACUGGUGCUGCUAUGUUCUGUGUGAGGAGUGUCGCGUCACAGAAUGGGUCAGCAUGUGCAAGUAGAUCCCCUUCCAUCUCAUCCCAAUUUUCUUGACGUAUAGACGGUGUACUUUAUCCUCUGCUGUAGGUCACGCAAUUGGUUGUGCUUCUUGUGUAACACUAUACCGAACAAUUCAGGAGAUCCUCAUCAUCUGGUGUCUAUUUACCUUUUGUAGCUGCCAGUAUUGUCACAGGGCCAAGUCAGAGAUUGAAGAGGGGACUCAUGUCAAGAUGUGCUUAGAUGCUCUCCUCUGUCCUGCUGCCUCAUAUCGUUGAUGUAUUUUAAUCCUUCCAUUUUCUACACCGCUUAUCCCCACUAGGGUUGCGGCUAUGCUGGAGACUAUCCCAGCUAACUGCAGGCAGGAGGCGGGGUACAGCCUGAACUGGUUGCCAGACAAUUGCAGGGCACAUACAGUAUAAACAAACAACCAUUCGCACUCACAUUCAUAACUACGGACAAUUUAGACUCUUCAAUUAACCUACUAUGCAUGUUUUGGGGAUGUGGGGGGAAACUGCAGUACCCAGAGAAAACCCAUGCAGGCACGGGGAGAACAUGCAAACUCCACACAGACGAGAACCCGUCUGUGUGAACCCGGGUUCACAGAACUGUGAGGCAGAUGUGCUAACCAGUCGUCUGCCGUGCCGCCCUGCAUGCAUAUUUGUAAAUCUAUUUUUUUUAAAUAAUAAUAUUAUUACUCCGUUGUCAUUGGGUGAGGGCUCAUUGCUAGAAAACAUUGGUUGUAAUUGAUCUCUCCUAAUGCUCUUAAACUUUGCUACAUUAUUUGUAUUGUAUUUUUUUCAUAAAACAAGUUAGAUAUAAGUUUGCUUUCUCACAGCUAUAAAUGAGUACAUGCACGACAUUGUAGCUGGUAUACUUCCAAACAGAGAUUGGAAAGGUGACGCAUCAGUUUUGAAUGAAUUCCAUAAUGGAGCAAUUGCUUCAUUGCAGAUGUUGCUUGUGACAACAAUGCUGAUGUCAAGUCUGUGACUCUGCUGAGAAAUAUUGAUUGAGCUCUUGUUACUCUGCACUUGUGAGAUGGUCCCACUUUAGUCCCACUUUAGUAUUGAGCUGCAGGCGUGAGCAUGUGCGCCUGCAGCUGCGUGAACGAGAGAGAAAGCUCUGCAGCAGGGAUCUUGGAGACCUUUUUUUUUUUAUAGCCAUACUGCGAGAGGGGCUUUUAAUGACUGCUGGAUAUUGGUGACUGAAGUAUAACUUUUACUCGUACUGGAGAGAAGCGCGAGGAAAGCAGAGAAAAGUCUACUGCAUCCGAGGAGAUAAUCUAUCCAGAGUUCAUAAACUCACUGAAACGUGCUCCUGAGAGGCCGUAACCUAUGGUGACGCACCAUAUGAGCAAACACAUGCAUGCAUUGAUGGAUUGGAUGCAGGUAUUGGCAAUAUCCAUCCAUCCAUUUUCUGUACUGCUUGUCCUAAUCAAGAUUAUCGUGACCUGGAACCUAACACAGCUGAUUUUAGGAGAAAAACCUGGAAUGUUUGCAAGGCCCAUAUAGAUAAAACAACCAUUCACAGUCAGUCACAUUCCCACCUAUGGACAAUUUAGAGUCUUCAAUUAACGUAGUUAACAUAUAUGUUUUGGGGGAAUGCUGGAGGAAGUCGGAGCACCCAGAAAAGAAGCCAGGCAAGUACAAGGAGAACAUGCAAACUCCACAUGAGAGGGGCUGAGCUGAGAUUCGAACACAAACCUCUGUGAGGCAGAUGUGCUAACCACAAACCCACCGUGUGCCCGCACUGGCAAUAAUGCACACACACACACACACACACACAGCAGAUUCACAGAUGAGCUGUGACACAGUACUCUUGAUGACCUGCUUUGCUCUGUCGAGCACUUUCACCGAAAUGCUAUUGUCAGCACCUGGCUGGCUUGAAGGCUGCAUCAUUUUUAAUAUCUCUGACAUCUGCGUGGAAAACCUCUUCUGCCACUGGAUUUAAUGCUAAUUAUGUACUGUUUGUACAGACUUGGGUAAAUAGCUUUCGACUCCUGAGGAAUGGCAGUGCCGAUGGCUAAAUCGACGACUGUGCCUGUAUUGUUUUUAGUGAGGGGAAAAGAGACAGCGACUGGCAUGGAAUGAUAAGGGUCUGGAUUUCUGGUCUGGACUUCUUCAUCUUUUCACCCCGGAGCUGCUGAAACGGGGAAUUUCCUGUCACUGUUUCUCCCAUGUGUCAGACAGAGGUUGGUGGACAGACUGGAAUUGAUUUCUCUCUCUCCCUAUCUCCCCCUCAUUGCUGCAGACCAAGACACAUGCGUAGCAACACAUUGACAGCGCCCCAAUAAUGACAAACAGACUGGGCUGAAAUUAGAGAGAGGCAACCAGAGAGGAAGUUGGGAGAGAUAAAAGUGACCGGCAAUGAUUGACACCAUGAUUAUAGGUAUAAAGUGAGGCGAUUUACUGUGUUUGGCUGGAUACAAAGAUAGAGAGAUACAGUGGAUCCAUGCUGCAGCGCAGGAGUAACGGACAAACGGGGGGAUAGGGAAGAGAUGAAUAACGUGGACGCUGUAUAAAUACCAGCCUCGCAACAUCUGCUUCUCAAUUCCCCUUUCAUUUUUGAUGUGGGACAAGGAGAGCUGCAGAGAAAACACAAGGAAGCAGCUACCCAAAACAUCAAAGCCCCUGCCCUCAACAUGCAGGCCCUCAUUAGUUCAGCUAGCAGAACCAACCAGACUUGUGAUUGUGUUUGCUGGGUGCACGCUGGCAGAUACUUCAGAGGAGAGGUUCCUUUAAGUCAUAACUACUCACCCCACCUCCGCCGUAAUACCCCCCCUCCCCCGUAACCCUCACCAAAACUCCCGGCUCACACAAAACCCGCUGUGAGUCCCUACCGUCCGCUCCACCCCAUAAUCUGGUGUGCAGCUGCAAACAGCUGCUCCUCGCUUUAUUUCUGUGCCUUCAACCACUGGAUUGAUAAACACAUCUAGCGCUGCGCUCAUACAAAACGUCACGGAGGCCACAGGGAUGGGCUCUAAACAGGCUUAGAUUUAAUGUCAUUAUUUUGUAUUUGAGGGAGUGCAUUAUAGACACCGUAAAGUGAAUUCUGAGAUUUGUUUCUAAAUACCAUACACAGUACGGGUUUGAAGAUAACGGACCAUAUGCAUGGUUUCCGCUGUCCGUUUGUUUCUAGCUACUGGGACAUCCAUCCAUUCAUUUUCUGUACCGCUUAUCCCACUAGGGUUGCGGGCGUGCUGGAGCCUAGCCCAGCUUUCUUCGGGCGAGAGGUACAACCUGAACUGGUCGCCAGCCGAUCGCAAAGACCAACAACCAUUCACAUUCACACCUACGGGCAAUUUAGAGUCUUCAAUCAACCUACCACGCAUGUUUUUGGGAUGAGGCAGGAAACCGGAGUACCUGGAGAAAAUCCACGCUGGCACGGGGAGAACAUACAAACUCCAAACAGGCGGGGCCGGUAUAUGAACCCCAGUCCUCAGAACUGUGUGGCCGGUCUGUGUUAACCAGUCGUCCACCGUGAUGUCAAAAUAAUCUUUAACUGUGUGAUAACAUGCUGGUACUUUUCAAGGUCGAAAUUUCAUCAAAAGUUUUUACUUUUUAAAGACGAUGGGAAAGCUCUUCCAGCCAACACAUCAGUGUCCCGCCCUUUAUGUUCAGCGAUUCAACUCGGCUUUUGACUUUAACACGUUUAACGGUGACCCGGUACUAUAAAGGCGACGGAAAGUUAACAUUCGCCGAGACAAUUUCACCAUCACAGCAACAAUCGUCGGCGGCGGUCAAAGCUUCCUCGCCAUCUCCCUCUCACUCCUCAUUCAGCGCUGCAUGGCUCUGACUGGCUGA